AGAAAUAAAAACAUUUUACUUGUCUAUAGCCAAAAUGGCAGAAUCGGAUUGACAAGUCGUGCAAUUUUCGUAAUUUAUUUUUGGGUGCAAUAAUUAUUGCCUUUGUGCUUUUUAUGUUUUCCGUCUUACUUUAUAAGGCAUAAAAUAUAUAUUUUGCAUUGUGUUAAAAUAACUGUGCUUACCAUCAUCUCAUACGUAUGUUGCAAUUUCAUGAAAUAUCAAGCUUUGGUAUGAUAACAAAAGAUAUAAAAAUUCAGCCUUGUCUCGGUAUGUGCUCUUUUUCGUCAUGUGUGUACUGUCGGGAUUAACAUAGCAUGAGUGGUCACUGGCGCAAAGAUUCGGGUAUGUAUACGUAACUGUCCAGAAUCGUGAUUUUCGGGAUUGUGACGUCACAAAAUAGACAAGACGUUAUUUACAGUGCAAAUUAGGUAAUAAAAUGUUUUAUUGUUUUCACCGGUGAGUGGCGAAAGAUUUGUGUCGCUCCCGUGAGGAUAGGAUUCGCGGCGAAGCGGUGGGCUUCCGCUAGGAUGGGCGGCGAUGUCUGCCCCCUCUGAGAGCGCAGCGAGCCCUGCACCGUGCGCAUGCACUAAUAUAUCGCUUAUGCAAUUGUUUCAUGAGCUCAAACAGAAAUUUCCCGGAGUACCUGAUCAUGUUGUGUCGAACACGAUCGAACUGUACUGUCACGAUAAGCAAGCCUGCGAGAAGCACCUCCACAGUGAAGUCAAGGCCUCCCUAACGCACGCCUACCAUGCCUCCUCGUCGGCAGCCGCGCGCCAGCUCAAUGAACUCAGGCUCAACCUGCCAAUCAAGUGCCGCAACCAGCCCAUAGUGAAGCAUGAAGCUGUCAAGUCCACAGCACUCAAAUCUGUCACUUGCGAUGGGCCCCAGCAAGCAAUACUGAGCACUGUUACUGAUGCACCUGAACAGCCGAAGGUGAACACUGAUGCCAACCAAAAUAUUGUUGAGACAAAAAAUGAGGAAACAAUUAGGAAUAACAACAACGUGUCUCCAGUCACUGUAAUAAACAUUGAUAACUGCUAUGCUAAAUACAGUGCGGAGUCUCCUAGCGACUUGGAACUAACUAACGAGAACUUGAAAGAAGAGAAAGUAAUACCACCGCAAGAAGAGAAGGUUCUUUCUCCAAAAGAGGAACAAAAAGAUCUAGAACAACCAGAAAGUACUAACUACAAGAUUUUAAAAAGUCAUAAAAUCAAAAACAACUUACAUGAAAGAUUAGAAAAGGGGAAAGAAAAGAAAACAAUCAAAAAAGAGGAACCGCAACCUAAACCAGUAAGCCCACAGGAGAAGCCCAAACGGCCCAACACAUUAGAUUUCAUUAAGCCGAAUCCAGAUAUUGCAUUUAAACAGACAUUAAAAGAACCAGAAGCUGAUACUUGUAGGACUGUGUCACCCGCACCAUCUGUGAUCAAAACUGAGCCUGUAAAAGAGAGCAAAACAAAUACAUUCAGGCCAGAGAGGGGAUAUCCCCUAAACUUGUCAGUUAAUGUCAAUUGUCAUAUGGACUUGAGCCGUGCUUAUGGUGAUCAUUGGUUAGAAGAUUAUGAUAGUCCGAGGGCUAUAACAUCUGUGAAUUUAACUGUUUGUACGCCAACUUCGAAUAUGGCUAGUCCUGUGAGAGACACGCGGGAGGAUGAUGGGGGUUUUGAGGGCCACGUGACGGUGACGGUGAGCCCUAGCACGGCGCGUCCGCCGCGGCGUAGGGCGCCGCCACCGCCCGCGCACCCCUCGCGGAUCGACUCGCCCAGGCCUACCAGAGCUGCGCCUGAACCGCCUGGAUCAGUUACUGUUGAUCGUGCCUUGAUCGAGCGCCAGAAAGAAAGGCUAGAACGCCUAGCAAUGGCGCUAGCACAAGAGAAGGGCCGACUAACGCAGCUGACCAAGGAGACGCGGAUCCUGGCUGGACCCCCUCCCACCAUGUCGGCGACGCAGCGGCUAAGGGACGACGUGGAAAGGCUGCGAAACCAGUGCGGUACCCUCGCCAAACGGCUGGAGAUGACUGGCCACGAACCGGACGACGCCGGGAACUUCUACAGCAACAUCUACACGGGCCAGCGGCCCUCGUCCUCCUGGCAGUGCCAUAUGUGCACGUUCAGGAACCACCCGCUCCUCGACAAAUGCGAGGAGUGCGACAUGCCGCGGAUAUUCGUAGGUACGUCCCCCCCUAGGACUCACGACUCGGGCUUCGGCUCCUUCAGGGACAGAAACCGGAGAGGCACCCUCUCGAUUGAAGAACUCCCCGUGUCACUAACACGGACUCAAUCAGCCUAGUCCCCGCCAAUAUGGCGACUGCGCAAAACGCUACUUAGUUCUUCAUUUUGUCUUAUUCAGUGCCUAUAGUGUUAAAACAGUGCUUGAGUGUAUCAGUGUUCAAACUUUAUAAACUCGUGUGCGUUUGAAGUGUCCAGACUUGAGGCUAAUACAAGUGUUGUGCUUAACACUCACCCAGCAUGUUACUGUUGGAAUGCAAACUUUAUUAACAUUGAAAAUACCAACGUUGUGAUGAACUGUGCCCCUCUGUUGGUAGUUUCACAAUUCGAUUUAUACUUUUUUCUUUCAUUAUUAAAGAAUCAUAUUUGUCUUAUUUUUAUUUGUUAUUCAUUUACGCAUAGAGCAGAUAAUAUAGUGACAUUGGACAUUAACAAGUUUUCCUGUUCUGAGUGUAAGUAAGCAAAUAUGAUCCUCGCAUGUGUGUUCGUCUAUUUUUAUGUGACUGGAUUAAUAUACGACUUAUUCUCGUUUAAAAUAUUGUAAUAAACAAAUGUGGACGGUUAUCCAACAUACACGUGAGUUCUUGAUGGACUGUGAUUAAUAGUAGUUCGCGGUAUUAGUGGCUGCGAAUCAACACUGCAACUUGCAACAAUAAACAUCUAGCAUGCUUGAAUAUACAUUAUAAACAUGGACUUCGGGAAAGUGACUCAUUAUCAUUAUUCAAUGCUUUUCACUUAAACAGUAUAGAGAUUGAUACGUGAAAUCAGUCAGUACAAUCUUGGAAUUUAUUCGUUGUAUUAUCGUAUUGUGAGUACGAUUGUUUGCCUUGGGGCGUUACAUUUUCCAUCGCCGUGCUGAAACCACGGCGGAGAUUAAACGAAUUCAUCACAGUUAGCGAAGUUAAAUAUUAAGUUUUACAUUAUGCGACGAAAGUUUCUGACGAUCCAAAAUGGCGUUAUUUGUACAAAACUCGUUUAUUUUUCACACGACGCGACGUAGAAUUUCUGGACAAAGUUAUCACUUAAGCUUGUAACGGCUUCCCAAAAGAGGCUUGAUAUUUUUAACAGCUUUGAGAAAACAAAUAUUACGCUAUAAGAUGGCCUUUAUAGUUAUAGAUUUCGGGCCUGUAUAUAAUACUUGAAUUAAUUCGAAAUCAUCGUCAAAACACAGCCAGACGUGGAUUAUCUAAUUGUCCUUAUUAUCAUAUAGACACUUAUAACUAGUGAUGUAAAAUGAAAAAAAACGAUUUGUUUUUUUUCACUUUAUUGAAAAAAAACAUGAAAAAAAACUUUGCAUCAUUGUUUUUUUUCUAAAUUUGGUUUUUUUUCUAGCCUACUUUUUAGUUCAAUUUUCAAAAUUUCCCUUUCGUUGAGUUAAUAUAAAUGAAUGUUGCCAAUAUUUUCAUGAAAUUUGGUUCUGUUUUAUCAGAAAAGUACUGUAGAUUCAAGAAUAAACCUAAGACUAUUAUGUAACCUUAUGUAUUAAUCUUUAACGGUAAAUGCCCUAACAAUUUAAGAGUUAUUAUACUCUUGAAAAAAACAAGGCCCAGAAAAAAAACUGUUUUUUAUCUGGUUUUUUUUUCAAGGUUUUUUUUCACACUAGAAAAAAAACGGUUUUUUUGCAACACUACUUAUAACCAGCAUAGAAACGUAGACGUUUAUCUUUCCGUGUCCCAAAGAUACCGCAGGCAAUAGAUAAUGUCCGGAAAUCAUCAAAUAUUUCUCGAGUAAACGUGCUUUCUGUCAAUGCGAUUACACCCAUGUGUGACGAAUUUUACGCAACCCAAUAGCCUGUUGGUGAAUCAUUGUAUAUUGCUUGAACGUUGCCAGAAUACGAAAGUUGUGCAUUCAAUAUUUUGUUUUGAAAUGUUUUGACUAAGCGUUGGGAGAGUUGCUUAUUUUUAUCGUCGGCAAAUACAAUUUGAGAUUCAGAAUCUAAAAGUUGCCUUUUAUUAGGAAAAAAAUUAAGUGAAUUUUUCAACUAUUCGUUGUUUCGUAUAUGCAUAAGAUUUUCGUGUUUUUAAAGUUAGGAAAUCUUUUGACUUUCUUAUUGUUUGGUGUUUGAUAACCGUCCCAAAAGAGAUUUUGUAAAUUAUGUUUUUUAGAGAUUAGGUACAAAGAAAUUAUUAGAGUUUAUUAGAUGAGAUGUAUUUAUUGUUUUACUUAAUUAAAUUUUAUUAGGCAGACUAAACUAAACAUCACUUGUUGACUGGUCAAACGGUGGAACAUCACAGGAUCUCGUUAAAAGACUAUUUUAUUGCGCCUUGCCAAAAAUGUAUCAUAAAAAUUAUUUAUUGCCUUUGAAAAAAAAACAUUCGCCGUUUCCUUCGAUUUGCUCAAAUUAUCUUGCUCAGUUUUCAUGAUAACGAAUUCACUAAUAAAACAGGCAUUUGUCUUUUGGCAGAAUGGCCGAAGCCCAAUGUGCAUUUCGGAAAAUAAAAUCUGGCUUAAAUAAGCUGUCAUGCACAGGCCUUCAGAUAUUCAAGCAAUAACAUAGUGGACUAAUGAUUAAUGUUAAUGAAUCAAACAGGUAUAUUUGUUAUGUAUAUUCGAAUUUAACUGUGAUAGGCGGUAGGGUCUUUCCAUUAUUGAAUAAAGUAACGAUUAAGGGUUCACUACUUCUUCACAAUUUACAUAGAGUUAAAAAUGAUUCAAGUCAUUAAAGUGCACUAAAGUCAGAAAUAAUUACCAUUAUUAAUAGUGCUAUCAAUACCUAUAUUUAUUCAUAUUUUAAUUUUAGACUUGUUAUUUUUAUCAUUGAUUGACCUAAAAUGAUCUUUAAAUAUUUAUUAUGAUCAAUUUCUUUCAAUUUAAAUUCUAUCGAGCGUUUUCAAUGAAUGUGAUAAAUAAUUGGCCUUACUAAAUACAAUAAAAUCAGAGAGAAAUUAUACAAUUUUAUAUAUGUAGAUAUCUAUAAAAUGUUCGCACUGCACUAAUUUUAAAGUUAGAUAUUUGAAAUAUAUGUAUAUUGUGACUUUAGGCGUACUUUGUUAUUAAAUAGGUGUAAUUUCAAUUGUGAUCCAUUUUUUUAUUGUAUAUGAGAGAAUAAAUAAUAUGUUUAUUAUCAAA